AUGAAGUCAGACCUCUGGUGUGUCUUUGUCUUCUGUGUGCAAAUCGGAGUUCUAACAGGAGAAACCAAUGAUUCGACCAAACAUGAGAUGUUUUCAUUCUACAAUGGAGGUGUGAAAAUUUCAUGCAAAUACCCUGGGAUUGUCCAGCAGUUAAAAAUGCAGUUGUUAAGAGGGAAGGAAGUCCUCUGUGAUGUCACCAAGACCAAGAGUAAUGGAAACCUGGAGACCAUUAAACCUCUGAAGGCCUGUCCAUUUCAGUUAUCCAAUAGCAGCAUCUCUUUUUUCCUAAAUAAUGUGGACAGUUCCCAUGGCAACUAUUACUUCUGUAGCCUAUCAAUUUUUGAUCCUCCUCCUGUUCGAGAAAGGAUCCUUACUGGAGAAUAUUUGCAUAUUUAUGAAUCACAGUUCUGCUGCCGACUGAAGUUCUGGUUUCCUGUAGGAUGUGCAGCGUUUGUUGUAGUAUGCAUUUUGGGAUGCAUAUUUAUCUUCUGGUUUGCAAAAAAGAAGUAUGGAUCCAGCGUGCAUGAUCCUAAUAGUGAAUACAUGUUCAUGGCGGCAGUCAACACAGCCAAAAGAAGCAGACUCCUAGGUAAGAAGCCAGCUGUGCUGGAGCUAAUGUCCUUAAGCUGGACUGAGGGGAUUCAGUACUUUGGGUUUGGAGCUAAAGAUGAUCCAAGAAUUUGA